AUUUAUUUUUUUUAAAUAAGAAUGUUCAAGGAUUUUUAUGAUUGUAAUUACUCGUGUCUGGCUUUCUGCCAUCAAAUUUCUAUCAGUCUACCUCGGAAAACAAUUGUUUAGUCGCUCGUAAUGUCAACCACAAAAAGUUGGAAUUCCUUACGGAAUCUAGCUUUUCGUCAGCCGUGAAGCCUUAAUCUCCUUUAUUGGAAUAUUAAUCAGGAAGCUUUGGUGAACUUGAGAAUAAGAGUCCAUCUUUCAACGGAUGGUCAUAGAGAUCAUAAUGGAAGAUACAAAACCUGUAAUACAAGUUUCUCGCGCUCGUCAUGGUGGCCACCGUGAGCGCAUUUUUACAGAGCCUGUAAUGCAGGUGCUGCUGGAGCAGCUGGGCCUGCAUUACUACAAGAUCAGAGACCACAUUGAGAAGCCCCAGACUGUAGUGUCAGAAAUUGCUGACACCAUCAAUGCUAAGAUCCCAGGACUGAAUUUACUGCCAAUGCAAGUGUAUGGACGCAUGAUCAACUUGCAGAACACCCUGAGGCGAUACUGGGAGAGCGUGUCUGUAGGAGAUUACAAGAAGAAGCCACGCUACUACGAUAUGCUCUGCAAGGUUUUUGGCACCGAGAACAAUGCUGCAGGCGCCAUACGAGGCGAGGAGUACAUCAGUAGUUACAAGGUUACACAGCAAAAUGAUGACUUGGACGGAGGUUCACCCAAUCACAUCACGGUUGAGUUGCCUGAAUUCUUUGAUGCCACAACUCUGGAGAACCGCCACUACACAAUGACCACGUCUUCUGGCGCCGGCCCCUCCACCAUCACGACAAAUGAGCAUGUGGCGAGCAGGGACGACGUAUGGACGCCGGCACUGACGAGGACGCUCAUGCACGCCAUGGAGGAGUGUCUCGACAUGCUCAGGAGCCGCGCUGAGAAAGUCAAGGCUUGGAAGCUUAUCACAAGCGCCGUCAACAUACACGUCAGUCAACACUGCGAGUCAAAUCCGUUGACGAUGUACCAAGUGAAGGUGAAGGUGAAGAGGAUGAUCGCUGCAGUGCGGAAGUACGAGCGGCAGGCUGCGCGUGGACAGCUUUUUGUUGACAAGCCUUUCUACUACGACUUCAUCAGGACGGUCUUCUGGCGAGAGAUCCGGCAAUACCACGGCGCGUCACCAGACGAGAACGGGGAGCAUUCGUCACCUCGACACAGCGGCACCGCUGGACCGUCGUCCCUGGGCUCGUCCAUGCAGAGCUUCAUGCGCCGCACCACCGCCAUGCUCGAGGAAAGCUUGCAAAUACAACGCGAAAUGCGCGAAGAAAUGCGUGAUUAUCAUUCAAAGAUAAUAGAACAGCUGAGGAAUUUCAAUGAAACAUAUAGAAUGGUGGCGAUACAGUCAAUAGGUAGCGGCGCAAGGAAGAGGAAGCUUCAGGAGGCAGAGGAGGAGGAGUACGAGGUGGUCGAAGAGCUCAUGGCUGAUGAUCAGUCAGACUUGGAGGAAGGUAUCGUGGAGCAUGACGAGUUUGACGAGAUGCAUGUCACUGCUAAUAUUUUAUAGCUUCAGCAAUCGUAAUUCUUUUUAUGAUAAGAUGGAAAUAAUAUUAAACUUGACAUUGAAGAAGUCUAGUUUUCUAAUUCAGCAACAAUUUUGUGUAAAGUGGAGACGAAAU